AAUCAGCUAAAGUUUUGUUCAACCUUAAUUUAGGGGCUAUAAUUGGAGAUACCAUUGUUUCUGGUACAGAAGUUCCAAGGACAGAGGGUGUGUCAUCACCUGAUUGGCUGGGGGAAUUAAAAAAAUGUUUUGAGUUGGUUUCGCGUCUCUCGUCAUGCCAUCUCUCUUUCUCUCUCUCUCAGCAUUGUAAACGAACGGAGGAGGCUUGAAGACCAUCCAGUCUAGAGGAGAAAUGUGGGAUUUGGAAUCGGAGAUUCAAGUGGCCAAAUCUCUUGGUUUAUUUGGCCUUGUGGCCUAUUCGUAUACUUGGAUUCACUUUAACCCGUCUCCGGCUAAUUUGAUGUUCAUUUCCAGUUUAAAGCUCUCACCCAGUGUUGGAAUUGAGACCGUCUUAUCUCAGUCUCUUUGCCAGCUAGUUUUGCAACGAUACAGUAUUUUUUGGGCAUAUCCAUCUAUUCCAGAACCUACAGGCAUCUCCGUGGCCGCUUCUGGAAACUGGCUCUGGGAAAGCUUGUUGGAAGCCACAGAUGCUGCUGUGGCCAAUACACUGCAGGUUCUUCUUCAUCAGGACGAGAUUUACUCUCCCUGGUUUUGCUCUUUAUGCUUUGUUCCUUGCCAUAGCUUUGACGAUUUCAUCAUGCAUUUCAAGAGUGACAACCAUCUUUUGCGUGUAAGCAUCGUUUCCCUUGGCCUCCACAUGUAUUGUUAUAAUACAUUUGUCAUUGUCUUGUACUGCUUUUCAAUUACAAUGUAUCAUAUUUGA